GUGGCUGACUUAUGUCUCGCUGCCAGUCUGCAGCAGGAUCUCUAUCAGUUUCGUCACCUCUGGAUCGAGAUCGAGAACCCUCUCCAACAUUGAUGGCGCACUUUAAAAUUGAGUCAGUAAUCAACAUGUGCACAUUAUGGAUGCAGAAUCGAACGGUGGAAACGAUAUCUGCUUAAUGAACCAACACAGACAAAUUGCAAAAUAGAGGUAGAAAGUCUUGGCCGUUACCAAAGGUUCCAACCCUCCCGAUUCGAUCAGGAUUCUCCCGAAUUUACAUGCCAUCUCCCGGUCUCCCGAAUUUGUUCAAGUUCUCCCGAAUUUCAAAAACUACGACUAGGCCUAGGCUAGGACUAGAUCUCAACUUAAGGCAGAGCUAUCAUGGAUGCAUUUUUCAGCAACGUUGAGUCUGUGUUUGACAGAAAGGUAGAGCAUAUUGGAUACCAUGACGAUUUGCCAAUUGAUGCGACUGAAUACUUCGAAAUCCAAACCUGCGUUCAGUUUGUUAAUAGAAACAACUUCAAAUGUGUUGCUCUACAGUUUCCAGACUCUCUACUUGAGCACUCUACUGUUGUUGUACACCAGCUGCAGGAAAGAACUGAAAGCAAGUUUUAUAUUCUUGCUGAUACAUCUUAUGGAAGUUGCUGUGUUGACGAAAUUGCUGCCCUACAUGUGAAUGCAGAGGCUAUCAUUCAUUUUGGGCGUUCAUGCAUGAGCCCAACGGGCCGUUUACCAGUCCUGCUUGUGUUUGGUCGUCAGCCUGUCGAUCUAGAUUUAUGCGAAAGUGCAUUUCGAGAAACUUUCACUCCAGAUCAACAAGUCCUGAUAAUCUCUGAUGUAGUCUACAGCUACUGCUCUGGUGAUAUGCUUUCAAGAUUGCAUGGUGAUUUCAAAAGCUUAGUCGUAUCAACAACUAUAGAUCAACAAACUUGCAAAGAGUUUAAACCUAAAGGUAGUAAUGAAAAAACAUCUCGAAAUGAAGAAGCUAAAACCAAAGAUGAAGCAAACUCAAAAUCAGAAAACGUUUAUAAUCAAUUUGGACGUAGAUUUGUUUUACCUAAAGGAAAGGAUAUAUCAGAUUAUCAGAUAUUUUACAUCGGUGGACAAAGCAUCACUUUAACAAAUUUUCUUAUGACAUUCAACAAAUGUACAUUUUUUACAUUUGAUCCUGCAACUAAUUUUUGUCGACGCGAAACGUUGGACGUGAACCGGGCAUUAAUGAAACGAUAUUACAUGAUAGAAAAGGCAAAGGACGCGAAUGUUAUUGGUAUUGUAGCGGGCACAUUAGGUGUCAAGGACUACCUAUCAAUAAUAACACGUUUGAAGGCGCUUAUUAAACGUAUGGGAAAGAAAAGUUACACGUUUGUUAUGGGAAAAUUAAAUGUGCCGAAAAUGGCCAAUUUUACGGAAGUUGAUGUUUACGUGUUAGUUGCCUGCCCAGAGAAUAGCCUGAUUGAUUCCAAGGAAUUCUAUCGACCAAUCAUUACACCGUUUGAGAUGGAAAUUGCGUGCAAUGAAGCACGGGAAUGGACUGGUGUCUAUGUUACAGACUUCCGGCAGUUGUUACCAGGUGCGGUGGAUUAUGUUCCUUUUGUCAGUGAUGAUCCUGUAAAACUGCAACCUGAUGUUUCCUUGGUAACCGGUUCUGUGCGGAGGAUGGGUAUAGAUGAUGAGGAAAAAUUUGAGUGUUCAGGAGGUGCACUCAUUAAAAGAGAUGAUGCCCUCAGUCUGAGUACCGUCCAUGUUACUCCAGGCCAGUUCCUGUCGGAGAGAUCAUGGCAGGGUUUACAACAGAAGCUUGGAGAAACUCCUGUCACCCUAGCUGUGCAGGGACGGAAAGGUAUUGCUGCAAGUUACACUCAUGAGACAGAUGGAGAAGCUAGUUGACCUCAAUGUGAAGCUAGUUGUUGACAUUAAGACAUCAUCGAGAGUAGAACUAGGAGAUCAUAUACACACAUGGUAUAACCUGCAUACUUUGUCCGCUAUAUAUAUGUGACCUGUCCUGACAAAAUGAGUCUGGUACAAAAAAUGAACAAUGAGUUAUUGAUAAAUUUAUUACUAUAUCAGCUUUAUUUUGGUCUUUGAAUAUGUUCUUAAGUUGAGUUAAACUAGAGUAUAACAUCGUUUUUAAGUUUGUCUAAAAACAAACUUAAGAGAAAAUCUCCUCUAAAGAUAAGCAAAUGAUAAUUUUUUUGUUGGUUUUCCUAACAUUUCUGAAAAAUUACUUUACAAAAUGUGCCUCAAAAACAAAUUUGACUUUAAGGUAACUCAACUCAGAACUGUUAUUACUAUGAAAUAUACAUACUAAACUUAUCAGAAUCAUUGAAACCCAAUUUUUGUCAAAAUAUCACUUCAGAUAUAUUUUCCUGAAUAUCUCAAACUGAGCUGGUGUACUACAAGACUCAUUUUGUCACGACACCUCACAUAUGUUAACAUAAGGCCAAAAAAAAAAAAAAAAAAAAAAUUUGUGUUGGCCACGUUUUGAGAAAAUCCAAAAAAUUGUUGGUCUGGUCGGUAGGAAAGCUUUUUACAACCAAAUAUGUGUUUAUGCCUAAAAAGUAGAAAAUGCACAAAUAAUAUAAUAAUCUUGGAUUCGCAUCGCGUACCUUCCUCUAACCUCGCUAAGGCUAUUCCAGUCUUAUUUGCUUAUAAAAAAAAUAUGGUUUAAAAAAAAAAACUAAAAUGCCGACCCUUCAUUUCGUAAAGUUUGUGUCGGUCGGGCGUGGCCAACACAAAUUAUUAUUUUUUUUGGCCUAACAUUAGUAAGUAGUGGGAGAGGAAGUCAAGUUAUAAACUGAACUAAGAUUAUUCAUUCACUGGACAAACUUAGAUUUAUUGAUACAUGCCAAGAUUAAAAUAAGUGAUAGUGGAUGCGAUUAGUGGUAAAGCUAUUUAAAAGAAUUCAGAGGUAAUAAUUAUUUUCUAAAUUACUUUAUUGAAUUUCCAAACAACUGCUUUUUUGUACUUAAAUAGUUUAUUGUUUACUUCACUUUACUUUCACUUGACCAACUAGCUCAUUUCAUGAUAUCGGGGAUAGGCACGGUAUCCUUUUCCACUGUUGACCCAUAAUGUUACUCCUCAUUUUGGCAACAUGCUUUUGGAUUUCAUCCGGGUUAGUAGAAGUUGUUGUGAUAGACAUAAUAGCUGCUCUGUAAUCAUCAGCCAGCUUUUUUAUUAGUGCGUCUGUCAAUCCACCACUUCCACCAUUUACUCUACACUGUUUAUGUUAUUUGUAGAAGCCUUUGCCAGGGUAUCUAGACGCCAUGUCUACUAUGUCUCUUUCGUAUUGGUCAAGUUCUUCCCUGCGUUGGGGGUAUGUGCUGCAAAGUAUAUUUUAAUAAAUACCAAAAGCAUGAAUAAAUUCUCCAAUAUUUAGGCGUCUGUUUAGUCUAUCUUUAGCUGGGCAAUUUACUCCAUCUUUGCUAUCGUUGGGAGGCCCAUUAUAAUAUGGAAUUAGUAGCAAUGCAAGAUUAACAUCCCUACCUGAUAUAAUUUGUUCUUAAAUUUUUGGAGAAAUGGUUUCAACCAUCGGUAAGUAUUCGGCUGCAUAUCCAAAUCUUGUUUGUGUGUAUGUUCCUAUAUUAUUAGUAAUUGUAACAACUACUGUGGACGAUGCGUUGUAUGCUCGAAGGGCUGUGUCGAUUGAGAAAGUUUCUUGUACCUCGACUCCUGUCUAUAGUGAAACAAAUAAUAAUUAUGCUGUACAAUAAACUCUAGGCAUUUUGUUUACUUGGGUGGAAGGCUGGCAGUGUUUGAUCAACUAUUUCUGCAGAUCUAUAAGGCUGGCUGCAGGCACAUUUUUCUUAGUACUGUAGAUAUAAUUGACUGAGUUUCAGUAUCUUUUAAUAAUUCCUAGUAGUUUUCAAAAUAGAUCGCAUCUGAUCAUCCACACGAUCUACAAUGUCGUCACCAUCAGUGCAAUGACUUCAUAAGGAGCAUCGCUCCACAUGUCUUGAAUCUUGUUUCAAUUUCUUAAAAAUACUCUUGCCCCCAUAUCUAAUGAUUCGGAAUCCGCAAUCUGGUUGUUUUUAACUUGUUGUCGUAGUGUUUUCUUUUCAGUCAUCUGCUGUGCCAGCGUCAAUGCAGUUUUGAAAGAUGGGUGAUAGUUUAAUAAUAAUAUUCUUUAUUUGUCCUCAAAUGUAAUAUACUGUGGAAAUUUGGGAUGGGUCCCUAUGGACCCACGGCGGCCGCAGAGCAGUGCCACCCGACUUAAACUACAAUGUACAACAGAUACUAGAUGGUCCUUAACUCACAUAACUCUCCUGAAAGGGUUAUUCGAGGAGCUGAGCUUUUAUAAAAGACCUGAAUUUAAGAAAGCCGAGUCUCGAACCAGGGCCCUGGUGUGCAAGAGGCAGGAACCAUACCAAUCAAAGGGCCUCAUCAAAUCUGAGAACAAUGAUAUCAGUUGGUAGAGUUAUGAAAUCAAAGAGAUACUUAAGGAGAAUAGCUAGAAUUAAAUUUAUUUUGAAUUGAAUUGAAUGUGUGGAGUCAAUCGUGCAUGGUUCAAUUAAACUGCUCGCAUUAGCUGUUACCUUUUAGGUGGUUGUCCUACUCUUCUUAAUAAUAAUAAUAACUUUAUUUAAUAAAGCGUAAAACAAUAUCCAUUUAAAAUGAUCACCGGCGCUGUACAGAAUUUUAAAAUAUACAUUUACAAAAAAAUUAAAAAAUACAUAAGAAAUAUACAUUAAAAGAAAAAAUUGGAACAUAUAAUUAUCACAAAAUCACAAUACCAUUUAGCACAUCAAAAAUCUACAUUGAAGUAAAAGAAAACGCGACAUGAAAGAGAAUGAUAAAACACUAACAUUUUUUUGGAUUUUGUAAAAGGAAAAGACAAGUCCACCAAACCAAAUUUACAUCAAAAAGUUAAGAGAAAAAAAUAAAUGUAAUGUUGAUAAAAACACCAUAUUUGUAUUCUUAAUUCUUCCAGUGCUCAGUCAAUCUUCUAAUUAUUAGAUUUGACCAUUGGGGUUUUGCUAAAUCAACCUUUGACUUACAUUCAGUAAUUAGUGGAAUCUCAUAGGCAGGUCUGUAAUUAACAUAGCCAUUCGUUACCUCUGUUUUUUUUUUUUUUUUAGGGUUUUUUCAUGUGGUUUUAUUGUAAUGAAUGAUCUUGCUUGUACUUAAUGGUAAAGUUAAACUGAGUAAGUUUAGUCUGCUAUUCCAUCUUCGCUGCUCCAAGUUUUGCUGUUCUGAAAUAAGUAAAAAGUGUAAACUAAGAUUUCUGUUCUAAUAAGACUGACAGUGUUAUAACUUCAUGCUGCUAUAAUUUUCCAUGUUCUUUUCAUUUAGUUGCCCUCUACUAUGGCAAUAUGCUACAAUCUCCAUUCUGCUGUGAGAAUUCUGCAUCAAAUAUUCUCUCAAGUUUAUUGAAAUAAAUAUUACUUAAUAAUUUACUGUAGUUAUUUUUUGAACUUUAAAUUAAUUAAAAGAAUAGUCUCUUUUCUUGUUAAAAAAAUGUCUGUCACAGGUAUCGGCACCAAAAAUUAUGUCACCAUCGGUGCCCGUCCAACGGAUAUAAUGAAAUUUAGUAGCGUUAGAAAAUGUGAGACGAGCAAUUAAGACUGAAAUUAAAAUUAAGAUACUGAUUCAAAUGCUAGACAGACUGAGAAGGACUGAAUAAAUGUAACAUAUUAUUAAACUUUAUUAAAUAUUACCUGCUUUAAAAGUUUCAAGAUUGAAAUCGGCAGAAAUUCUAAUACUAUCAGAAUAAUUAUAUAAAGAUGAAUGUAACCGUUAUAUAAAAUAUGAUUCAAAAACCAAUGCAGAUUAAAAGAAAUUAUUUAAACUAAAUUAAAUAAUUACAGAAAGCAGAUAAACGUAACUCAAACUUAUGUUAAAUUAACUAACUUAAUAGCUUGAAACACUCUAUUUACGAUAAAUUAGAACACUUAAAAUCAGUGUUAUUAAAAUUAGAAGAAUUCUAAUUAAAAGAUAUAAGUUAGCAACACAGUCCUUCUACAAUAGUAAGAUUAUGAUAGCGGCUCAAACCCCAUGUAGUUACGGUAGUUCUAGAAGUAUAGAUGAAACGAUGAGUGAGUGACAUUGGAGGAUUAGCACAUCGAUGUUGAUGGAUGGACGGCUGGACUAUCACUGCAUUUGUCCCUAGGUAGUUGCUAAAUACAACCCUAAAUGUAAUUUGAUGUGAUCACUAUGAGGGUGCAUGCUGUCUGAAAUAUACCCUGAAUUAUUUUUUUUUCAUAGGUUAGUUUGGUAAAAUUUUAAUAAUUAUUCAUAAUAACUCACAAAUGCAAUCCAACACUAUCUCACUGAUCUACACAUGCGCAAAUCUACAACAUUGAAAUAGAAGUUGAAAAAGAAGUAUCAUAGAAUUUACAUUAAUAGAUAAGUAAUAUGUAAACUUUAAUUAUUUGGUUACUUUAUCUUUUAUAAUUGUUUCUGAUAACUAUUCUAUGUUUUCAUUGUUAUAUAAAUAAAUUUAUUUAAUUUAAGGAAAAAAUAAAAAGAAGAAAUGUAAAUGGA